AGUAGUGGUACUUUCAUGCGUGUUAACAAGCUGUCACUUGUCAUUUUGUUCCCGUUGCUUUGUUCGAGCUCGGAGCUGUUAGAUAACCACUGGUCGGAGCACCCGCAGAAUGACAUGGCUCUCGAAUUAAGCAUCCUGACGCUGAAUAUAUGGGGAAUUCCGUACAUAUCGAAAGACCGCAAGGUACGGGUUAACGCGAUCGGCGAUGUUUUGUCCAGCGGAAACUACGACGUUGUGUCACUGCAGGAAGUUUGGUCCGACGGGGACUAUCAGUAUCUGAAAAAUCGGGUCGAAGGAGUGCUUCCAUUUGCUCAUUACUUUUACAGUGGCGUUGUCGGGUCCGGCCUAGCGGUAUUCUCCAAAUACCCCAUCGUAUCAGCAUUUUUCCAUGCGUGGUCGGUCAAUGGAUAUGUCCAUCGGAUUCAACAUGGUGACUGGUUCGGGGGGAAGGGUGUGGGAUUGGCUAGGAUUUCCGUGAAUGGCCAACUGGUACACCUGUAUGCUGCUCAUUUACACGCCGAAUAUGAUAGAAACUUUGACGACUACAUGUCCCAUCGGGUUAUACAGGCCUACGACACUGCUCAAUUCGUGGAAAGUACACGCGGGAGUGCGGUAGUUCAAAUCCUGGCCGGCGAUCUGAACACAGAACCGGGCGAUUUAGCAUACCGUGUUAUUCGAACCAAUGCCAAACUUACGGAUUCGUACGAUCGGGACUCGCAUUCCAGCGAUCUGCUGGGCACGAAUGAAAUCGCCCGAAACAGUUACACCGAUCCGGAAGCUGCCAAGAAGAGCCCCCAGGGAAAAAGGAUUGAUUACAUUAUGUACCGAUUUGCGGACCAGUACGAGGGUCAUCGGUUAGAGCACCGUCUUCCACUUCCAGAGCGGAUCCCCGGCAAGGACAUGAGCUAUUCGGAUCACGAAGCUGUUUACGCUAAAAUUAUCCUGAAGAAAGCGGUUGUUCCGAACAGUGGGGAAUUUAAACAAGGUGAAAAUAAUGAUCAGGAAACCAUUAUGGCGCUGAAGGAAAGUAUUGUCAUCUGCAACGAAAGUUUGAAAAAAUUGGAGUCACACAAACGGACCUACACGCUGAUGGCCAUCGCAGUAGUUAUCGUUCUGCUCAGCAUGCUCGAAUUGGACGCUCCAUAUGGACUUAAAACGGCCCUUUUGCUGUUUAGGUUUCUGCUUUCUUGUAUCGUACUUUUCUUCAUUUUCAUGGCUACCAUUUGGAACGUCAUGGAGAAGCAUGGCAUCCUGGCCGGAAAGCUGUCGAUGGAAAUUGCUCUAAAGGUUUUCAAAGAUGUGGACGGCUUGGGCGAACUAGGAUAAAACAUUGGAUUUGCUCACUGAAAAUGUUUUCUUUUGUGCAUUUCGUUGAUCUGGCGAUUGUAGGAUAAUCGAUCUGUAAGUCUUAGCAACCGAUCGUAUUUAGUAGCUAACUUUAGUUAGCCAAUAUGAUGUUAAUUGAGGGUCGAAGUAUGUUUAAUGUGUAAGUGAAAAAAUGUCCACUACAUCUAACGAAACGUAUCAAUGCUCGUACUCGUAUUGUUGUUUGCAAUGAAGUACAUUACUAACACAGUGCUAA